AUGGGGUUCACUCGUGAACAGGCCGAAGUGGCAUUGGAAAAGACCAACAAUAACCCAGAACAAGCGAUUGAAUAUCUUUUUGGUGGAGGCACGGAAGAGAAACACCCUGGUGAGGCUCAAAUGUUUGACGAGGAUUACAACGUCAACAAUGAUUACAACAUAAAUAGUGGUACUGUUGCUAUUACAAACCCUCAGGAUAUACCACAGUUUCCACUUCUGGAAUCACAAGAAUAUGCAUAUAGUAGUGGUUGGGGUACUGAGUCAGAGCAGCUCGACUUGAACGAGUGCUUUCUCUUCCAAGAUCCAAAGGCAUUCUUGAGAAACAAGGAGAGUAUGCCCGCAGUGGUCCCUAAACUGGGCAACACGCCAGGAAGAUUUGUGAUACCAUUGUAUGUGAUCCUUUGUCAAAUUCCCGCGUUCGAUAGGAUUUUGUUGAGUAAGGACUUGCGUCAAGAGUGGAACGAGACGUGGUUCACUGAUGAACCGGAGGAAGCAACUUCUACCCAAGAUGAAAAUGAAACAUACAUUGCGGCAAUUCAACGACUCAUUGGAUUUUUUACACCUGCAAGUGAGCGUUCCUUUAUUAGCUCAGAAGGAUUCUACAACAAAGUGUCGGAAACAUUCAAAGCGCAUGAGUUUGAAGACUGGGAUGAACUAUUGACAAUACUUGGUAAGGAUUUAGUGAAAAGUUUAAAGCUAGUACUGGAACAUGAGUUUGAUCUUCUCGAUUCACAAGCAGUCGAUCAAGAAGGGCAUAUAAAGAUAUUCAAGACUGUUAACAUUGAUAGUGAUUGUAGAGAGCCCACGUUGGUGGAUUCAAUAUGUAAAUUGUUGUGGUCUCCCGAGUCUUAUGAAAUUAAAAGCAUAGCACCAAUAUUGGGAAUUCAAGUUUCACCUAGUGAGUCAGGCAGACAAGCACCUUCGUUGAAAGUUGAGGAAUCAUUCUACCCAGCUCUUUUCACGUCCAAAUACAGACCGUUGGUAGAACAGAUGGAUGCGAAAAGAAUACAUUCAGCAAAGCAGAGGACCAUCAUCACGUCAAGAAUCAUGUCUUUAAGCUCCUUUGAAGGAAAAAAAGUCAGAGGCUUUCUCGAUAAGGCCAAAAUCUAUAUGGACCAAGUUGGCGAAAAAGAAACUUACGAAGAUCUCACAAAAUUGUCAGAAUCUAUACGAAAUGAAUCAAGUCAACUAAAUGAGACCUUAAAGAAAACCAAUAGCGAGUACGCCAAGCUCGACACCACAAACCAGGAUAACACUGUAGAGGAGAUCAAAAAGGAUGAUACCUUGGAUAUACCAUCCAAGUACCAACUUGUCGGUGUUGUAUUUUCAGAUUUGCGCUAUGCUUACCGAACUGCAAACAACGAUUGGGUAUUGUUUCUCGCUGAUGCGCCAAACGGAGUUGUCAUUGAUUUUCAAAGCACGCGUUGUACUUUUGGAGAAGUCAGAAGCUACGUUGAGGAUGAGCCGAAUGAUAAGUUUAUCUUUUUGGUGUAUGCUGAUGAGGGUACAUUACGUGACGAGCAGCUUGAACUUCCACCAAACUUGAAGAGUUUUUUCUCCAAGGAUAAUGAGUUUCUACACAACCAAAUUGAAAAAGCUGAAAACGGCAAUGUUGAAAUUACCCAGAUUGAUGAUUCGUCUCAUGAAGACGUGGAUAGAAAGGACUCUGAUGGUGAAGUCAAGCUUGACUCUACUAGUGAAGUUAAGCCUGACUCUGCUAGUGAUUUAAUAGAUAUAUAG